AGGUGGCAGUAGGUGAACCUCAUUGUUUACGGAAGAAAGUUGAGGUUCUGUUGCUUUCAGAAAGGAUCGAAUACAACACGUUUAUAGCCAUAGUCUUCUAUUUUCUGUUAAUUAACAUGUUAUUAACAUGCUAGUGGACAUCUUGCUGCUUGAAGAAAGCAGUCAAUUCUGCGACAUAUUUACAAACUUUCGUAUUUAAGCGUCGUUUUUGGAUUUUGAAGACUCUUCAUGCAGAAACAUGCACAUAUUCAGCGUGUUAGUAACGCUGAUGCUUCACAUAAACGCUCACUGCAUGUUUCUGAAUGUGACAUCACAGGACCGAUUAAACAUAGUCAUGAUUAUGGCUGAUGCGUUUGAUGGGAGGUUAAGUUUUCACCCAGGGAAUAAAGUUGUACAACUGCCUUACAUCAACUAUAUGAGGGGAAUGGGUAGUGUUUUUCUCAAUUGUUACACCAAUUCACCGAUCUGCUGUCCUUCAAGAGCAGCUAUGUGGAGUGGACAGUUUGUUCAUUUAACUCAGGCCUGGAACAACUAUAAAUGUCUUGAUCCCAAUGCUACUACAUGGAUGGACCAAUUACAAAAGAGAGGUUAUCAUACUCAAGCCAUGGGGAAAUUGGAUUACACAUCAGGAGGUCACUCUGUCAGUAAUCGUGUGGAGGCCUGGACCAGAGAUGUACCAUUCUUAUUAAGACAAGAGGGUCGUCCAGUCACAGACCUGGUGGGUGAUAUGUCCACAAAGAGGGUCAUGACUAAAGAUUGGAACGUAACUGAUGCUGCAGCCCACUGGAUCAAACACACAGCUACAUCUUUCUCCAAGCCGUUUGCAUUAUAUCUGGGGCUAAAUCUUCCUCACCCCUACCGCACAGACUCCCUAGGGCCCACAGCUGGAGGCUCCACCUUCCGCACCUCUCCAUAUUGGCUUGACAAGGUUUCUUAUGAGCAAGUGACUGUGCCGAAAUGGUUAAAGUUUGAAGAUAUGCACCCUGUGGAUUACUAUUCCACCUUUACCAAAAACUGCAGCAGCAACUUCACAGACCAAGAGAUCAGAAACAUACGAGCUUUUUACUAUGCCAUGUGUGCUGAAACAGACAGCAUGAUAGGUGAGGUGAUCGCUGCUAUCAGAGACACAGGCUUAUUAAACAGCACAGUCAUUAUGUUCACCUCUGAUCACGGAGAUCUAGCCAUGGAACACAGGCAGUUCUACAAAAUGUCCAUGUUUGAGGGGAGCUCUCAUGUCCCUUUUCUCAUAAUGGGCCCUGGAAUAAAGUCUGGCUUUGAAGUUAGCUUACCUGUUUCACUAGUGGACAUAUAUCCAACCGUGCUUGAUCUUGCUGGUGUUUCAAAGCCAGGUGGUCUCAGUGGGCACUCGCUGGUUCCUCUGGUGUCUGUGGUCAGUGGUCGGUCAGCUGAGGCUCAUCCUGGGUGGGUGUUCAGUGAAUAUCAUGGUUGCAAUGCUAAUGCAUCGACAUACAUGCUGAGGAUAGCUGAAUGGAAGUACAUCACAUAUUCAGAUGGCCUGACUGUUCCCCCACAGCUCUUUAAUUUGUCCAAAGAUGAAUCAGAAUUGAGGAAUGUAGCGGCUCUUUUCCCUGAUGUGUGCCAGAACUUGGACAAGCAGUUGCGUGUGAUUGUUGACUACCCUACUGUAUCAAAAGCAGUUCAACAGUACAAUAAGCAACAGUUUCUAGAUUGGAUGCAAAGCCUUGGGGAACAUUACUCUCAGGUCAUAAGUAAUCUGCGCUGGCAUGCCGACUGGCAAGAGGAUGCAAAGUUUAAUGAGAAAAAAAUUGAGAAGUGGCUUGCAGGGUUGGAAUGACAGUACAGUAUUAUUAUUAUUAUUAUAUUAUUUUAUUAAUUGUAUGUCACUUGUUGUUUUAUGUUUCAGAUUUGUAAAUAGUUUGAUAAUUCAGUGUAUUGUCACAAGAACAAAUUCUGCUGCACUCUGCUCAGUUCACCAUCAAGAGCUCAGUGGAGUUGUCUUGUGCAAUUGUAUGGUAAUAUUAUUUAUUGAUAGUACAAGUUUUAAAAGAAAAGUGGUUCAAGCAUACAUACUUACAGACUAUAACCAGCUAAAACUGGCUUUUCAGUAAGGAGGCAAAAAUUAACAUGCAAAUUAACAUGAAUCAGAUAAAUUAACAUAAAAUGAUUGUUUUGUUAACAUAACAUUAUAGUUAUUGUUAAAGUGUGAACGGCACUUUAGUGACUUUGCAAACAGUUGGCAACACUGUGUGAGACAAACAGAAUAUCCCUGUCUCAAUUUUCAUGUGCUGUAUGCUUUCAGUUUCUUUUAACUGGAACAGUUUCUAACUUUA